AUGCAGAAGGCAGCAGAUGUUUGCGAAUAUUUUGGCAGGCAUGAUACCACUACAGAGUAUCGUCAGUGCGCGGAACGUCUGAACCAAGCUGUGAUGACACACUGUUUCCAAAAAGACUUACUAGUCGAUGGUCCGGAUAGUCCUCUUAAAGAGCGAAAUCAGCACUCCCAAGUUUUCGCCAUCUUGUCUGGCGCUCUGACUGGGAAUCGGGCACAAGAAGUGCUUCUGCGAGCUUUGACUGACCCAAGUUUCGUUCGGUGCUCUUAUUCUAUGUCCUUCUAUCUUAUUGAGGCUACGCGCAUAACAGGUCUGUAUGAUCAGCUCCGGACUAUGAUCCGUCAAAAUCUGACUACGUGGACCGAGCCAACCGCAAUGCCUAGAAGUGACUGUCAUGGCUGGAGUGCUGUGCCUAUCCGUGACCUCGUGGCUAAUGUUGCUGGUCUAACACCCGGGGCCCUAGGGUACUCCGCUAUCCGUUUCGAGCCCCGGCGAGAAUACUGGGAAAAUAUGUCAGGAACAUUCGCCGUCGGCGCAGGGACUGUAAUUCUUGCGUGGCGCCCCGAAGGUCCAGUGGAAUUUAUUUCCAGCUUCAGUUGUCGUGUGGAACUUUGUGGAACUGACGGGUCAACGGCUUGGCACGAAGUCAUCAAGGGCAAAACCGUCACAUUCUUCGUAUCAUAA